AUGACCAAAAAAGAUAGAAGAAUGAAAGAGGAUUUACUAAUUUUUGACGCGUUUGAGAUAAUCAGUGAUAUGGGAAUUGUCAAACGAAUAACAGCUUAUUCCAAGGUUUGUAAAAGUUCAAGACGCCCGCACGUUUUGAAAGAUAUCAAGUCAGAAGGAAGGGAAGAUCGCUUCUUUACGCUCAAAUCUUUGGGAGUUCCUAAAAAAAUUCAUUUACCAGUGGACGUUAUUGAACGUCAGAAAUUUUCCAAACGGGCAAAGUCACGAAUAAAGGGAUCUGCCAAUGAGAUUCUACAUAAGAAGCGAGAAGACUUUAAGAAAAGUCUAAAAUCGUUCAUCAACGUGGCGUUUCCAUCAACCACGAAUCCAUAUGGUUAUUUGAUGUCAAAUCCGGGUCCAGUAUUGAGUUUGGAAAAACUUUGUAGAGCGAAUCAAGGACUGAAACCACCAAAGUACAAGGAUUAUCUUGACCCAACACAUAACUUGCACUCGUGCACUUUAGAAUUUAAUGAUAAAAUUGAAAUUUCCGAUCCAAUGCCAACAAAGGUGUUGGCUAAACUUAAUGUCGCACAUAAAGCGUUAAUGAAAAUCAGGAGACGAGCGAAAAAGGAAGCUUCUAAAGGCAAUUCAUCGGAAGCAAGAAAUGCUAUAGCGGAAGCGAAAACAAAGAAGGAAAUGGCGAAAAAAAUGAAGUUCGCGAAAAUGAUGAUGGAAGAAACGAAAGUGACAAAGGUUAAUCACAUAAGAGACAAACCACCAAAAGAUUUUUACCAAAAUCCUCGAGUUCGAAAGUUAUGGGCAAAUAAGAGGGUUGAGCCAAAGGAUGAUUGGUUCAUGGAAAAUGUCAGUUGUAGAAAUUUCUCCCUAUUUAAAAGUUUCUACCCUAAUAUUGAUGAAUCUGAAUUAAUGACCAAGAAACGAAAAGUUAUCGAUUGGAAUGAUUCGAGAACAUUUCAAGAAGUUGAUACUCGGAGCAUCAAGAGGAUUCAGUUGGAAAAAGAGAAUGAAACUGUUGUCGAUGUUAUCGAUGAUGUCGCUAUUAAUAGCAAUGUGGGUUUAAACUUUAUAACAGAAAUCGUCACACCGAUUACGGGCAGUAUGUCAAAAAAUGUGGUCCAAGAACCUCAAAAAACUGAGAAGCCGGUACUUCUUCGAAUCCAAGAUAUAUUGGGAGUAAUUAGUGGACUACCUUCAAUCGCAUCAGAAGAUCCUUUGAGAAAAAUUGGUACACGCGAAAAGUCCGUAAAAAGCAUCAAAGCCGCCGAAAAUGAGAAGAGGAGGAUAAGAAAUCAAUCAAACGAGUCGAAGUUUAACAGCAUGCUUCAGUUAAGAUAA